GGUUUCCAUAUCGAGCUGUAGCUACCUCCUUCUCAAACGAUUUGGUUGAAAAAUCUUACUAACUCUACCCACUAGAGAGCAGAAUACUGUGUUCAUAGCUGGAAUGCUGUGGCUGGCUGUAAGUGCCAGUGCGACGUUCUACGUCACGUCAUCGUACCGGAUGUUGAUACAGAAUCCGCAGGAACAGCUGGGAGAGAACAACAAAGCGACAAAGAACCCAACAGACUUUGGGGAAUAAAAUAAUUAACGUGGAAAAGGACGGCUUAGCUACAAAUAGCUAAAACCCAACUAGUCGAAAAGUCUUUAAACGAGAGCAGCGUUUAACCUUCCGUUUGGUCCUGCAGGUGAGUGUGUACUGAACCAUGGGGCGGAUCUUCCUGGACCACAUCGGGGGCACACGCCUCUUCUCCUGCGCCAACUGUGACACUAUCUUGACCAACCGCUCAGAACUCAUCUCCACCCGCUUCACCGGAGCCACCGGCAGAGCCUUCCUCUUCAACAAGGUGGUGAACCUGCAGUACAGCGAGGUACAGGACCGCGUGAUGCUGACGGGCAGACACAUGGUGCGAGAUGUCAGCUGUAAGAACUGUAACAGCAAGCUGGGCUGGAUCUAUGAGUUUGCCACCGAGGACAGCCAGCGCUAUAAGGAGGGCCGCGUCAUCCUGGAGAGAGCACUCGUCAGGGAGAGCGAGGGCUUCGAAGAACAUGUCCCCUCUGACAAUUCCUGAGCUGAUGCUCAAAAUACUCGCUCAUCCCUACGCCCCUGCCCUAACCCUCCAUAGCCCCAAGCUCAUUAUUCCAGACACUGGUCAAUAGUCUAGGCUCUACCCACAGCUUUGACCUAGCUAGGACUUUUUGACCUCUCCUGAUUGGCUGGAUCUCUUGAUGCAUUGUUGGCCUCUCCUAAACCCCUCUCUCUUUCAAAGACCACCUUCUGUCACCUAGAGACAUCGACGGGCCCGCUUUCACAUACGUGCAAACACACGUAGGCAACUACACACACUGCAAGGCACACAGACUCAUAUUUACAUACUUGACAUGCUCACAUGCAUGAUUAGUAGAUGUAUUCACUGACUGGAUAUUUUGUCAACGUUACAGCUGCAGUCACUAUAACUCCCUCCCAGUGUUGUGUGUACUGUGUAUCCUUAUCCUCUAUCUGGAUGCUGUGCCUGUGCAUGCAUUGUGAGGACCUGCUUGUUGCCAUGCACAUCCCCACAAGUCCCUCCUUCUGUGUGUGAGGAGUGCGAGCAGCCUAUUGCCUCUUAGUAAGUGAGGAGCUGAGCAGGGUAGUAUCAUGCCCAAAGACUGGUGGCCUGCUGGGCUGGCCUUCAUAUGAACUGUUGCUGUUCCUCCCAAUUUCUGACAAUUCCCAGCCAGUUGGAAUGAAGGGAUCUGUGUUCUCUGUCAUGCUGUUCUUUGUUUCCAAUCCCUGCCCAGGUUAAUGUACAAUAGAUAGAAAUCUAGAAGAAAAAGAAACGCACACCUAUUAAGACGAGGUGCUGGCUAGCGGAGUAGAAACUUGAAAAUAAAAGAGAGCCGCACACUCUAGGAGCUCAGAUGCAAAAAUGUAAUACCAACGUUUCAACAGCCAAGCUGAGCUCCUAGAGUGUGCGGCUCUCUUUUAUUUUCAAUAGAUAGAAAUAACACAUGAUUAUCAGAAAUUAUUAUAAUUGUAUUAAUGGUUAGUAUCAUUAUUGUAUUUAUAUUCUCAGAUGAGUCAUUGUUUUAAUUGGUUUGCUUUUCAAAUCAGUUUAUUAGUCGAGUACACAGAUUUGCAGGUGUUAUACUAUUUUUUUUUUUUUUAUUAACCAAGAAAUUACGGAAUGAGUAAAAAAAAAUAUUGCUUUUAUUAUGAUUAUUGUUUUUCUUUAUGUAUUUUUAAAAAACAACGUCCAAUGUUUUUCUUGAUAUGAGGUAAAAAAAAAGAGUAAGAUUGUCUCUUUUUCCAGUUAUUCUGCUUGGGAAAUUUUUCCUCUGAUUUCUGAAUAAAGUGUGUAUUCUUGCUAAAA